AUCUGUAUUAGUGAGAACGACACCUUUACUGCAAUAAUCCAUCCACCUGCCAGUCAGAUCAGAGAUGGGUUGUUAUGGGACGUUGACUCUGCUCUUUUUUGGAUGGAGCCUCAGCUCCUGCUCUAAGUUUCCCCCACGUAAGUACUACUACAUAAACCAGUCCAUGACCUGGUUGCAGGCUCAGAGCUACUGCAGAGAGCAUUACACAGACCUGGCAACCUUUGAAAGCUACGAUGAUAUAAGCUUGCUAGAACCUACAUUUUCCUACAUGUUUGCAUGGAUUGGACUGUUUGAUGACCCUGAAUCCUGGAAGCUAAACCUUGGAAAUGAAUCCAACUCCUGGAGAUGGUCAGUGACUGGUGAAACAGGCAAAACUACUUUUAAGGCUUGGGCUAGUGGAGAGCCCUCGUUUUGGAACGCAGAGGAAGUUUGUGUAAUCAUGAAUACUGAUGGAACUUGGGCAGUCAUCACCUGCACCACUGAAAACACUUUUGUUUGUUACACAGUCACAAAACAAGGGGGAAAAGUCUAUCAUUUCAUCGCAACUGUGAAAUCAUGGAAUUCUGCUCAGGAAUACUGCAGACAACACUACACAGACCUGGCUAUGAUUGAGAACGAUAUAGAAAACGCUAUAGUCUUUUCAAAAACUGGUCAACAACAGACAUCUUGGAUCGGUCUGUACCGAGUUCAAUGGACAUGGUCUGACAGGUCUCACAGUUCCUUCAAGAACUGGGCGGACGGUGAACCAGACAACUUACACUCAAGCCAAUACUGUUUGGUUGAACAGGCUCAUCAUGGGUGGUUAGACGCACCCUGUUCCGUGUCGCUGCCUUUCAUUUGUCAUGGAGGAACAAGAUUGAAGACCACGGUGGGGAUGCAGAUUAUGACUGAUGCAAAUCUGACCGAUCCAGCUGUUAUUGAACAGUUUCUCCAGCAGAUCAAUGCAAGGCUAACAAACCUGGGAUGGACAGACUUCACGCUUCAGUGGCGGAAUCUCCCCUCAAACCAAACCAAACAGACCUGA